GGGGGAAAGGAGGGAGCCGUCCCAGAGGGCCGGGAGGGGGCCGCCUUGAAGGGGAGGUGACGGCUUUUCCGAGCCCCUCCCCUCCCUCCCCGGAGCUUCGGCUGCCCUUGUUGUGGCUGCGGCCGCCGCUCCAGCCCAAGUGAGCGAGCUGAGCCAAAACCCGAGACCCCCGGAGUGGCCAGGGGAGACCGUCCCGACGGCCAGACGGACGGCCAGACAGAUUGACGGGCGAGGACCAGACCCAGGCCGAGGAUGACAGAAGAGAUCAUCACCCCUGUGUACUGCACAGGGGUGUCUGCCCAGGUACAGAAGCAACGGGCCAAGGACCUAGGCCUGGGUUGUCAUGAAAAUGCCAUCAAGUACCUGGGCCAGGACUAUGAACAGCUCCGGUCCCAGUACCUGCAGGCUGGCGUCCUCUUCCAGGAUGAGACCUUCCCCCCUUCUUCAUAUUCACUGGGCUUCAAGGAACUGGGGCCCAACUCCUCUAAGACCUAUGGCAUUAAAUGGAAAAGGCCCACGGAGCUUUUGUCAAACCCCCAAUUUAUUGUGGAUGGGGCCACCCGAACAGACAUUUGUCAGGGAGCGCUAGGGGACUGCUGGCUGUUGGCGGCCAUCGCUUCUAUCACCCUGAAUGAUACCAUCUUGCACCGGGUGGUGCCUCACGGGCAGAGCUUCCAACAAGGCUAUGCUGGCAUCUUUCAUUUCCAGCUGUGGCAGUUUGGGGAGUGGGUCGAUGUAGUCGUGGAUGACCUCCUGCCUACCAAGGAUGGGAAGCUGGUCUUCGUGCAUUCAGCCCAGGGCAAUGAGUUCUGGAGUGCCCUGCUUGAGAAAGCCUAUGCCAAGGUGAAUGGCAGCUAUGAAGCCCUCUCUGGGGGUAGUACCUCUGAGGGCUUUGAAGACUUCACUGGAGGCGUCACAGAAUGGUUUGAUCUCAGGAAGCCACCUCAUGAUCUCUACCACAUCAUCAUGAAGGCCCUGGAACGAGGGUCCCUGCUGGGCUGUUCCAUUGAUAUCACCAGUGCAUUUGACAUGGAAGCUGUCACCUUCAAGAAAUUGGUGAAGGGACACGCCUACUCUGUGACUGGGGCCAGCCAGGUGCACUGUCGGGGCCGUUCAGUGAACUUGAUUCGAAUGAGGAACCCGUGGGGUGAGGUGGAGUGGACGGGGCCUUGGAGUGACAGUUCCUCGGAAUGGAACCAGGUGGACCCCGCUGAAAGACAGCGGCUUCAAAUCAAGAUGGAGGAUGGGGAGUUCUGGAUGUCCUUCAAUGACUUUCUCCGUGAGUUCUCCCGCCUAGAGAUCUGCAACCUGACCCCAGACACCCUCAAGUCCCACAAGUUCCGCAAAUGGAACACAACCCUGUAUGACGGCACCUGGCGGCGUGGGAGCACGGCGGGCGGCUGCAGGAACUACCCAGCCACCUUCUGGGUGAACCCCCAGUUUAAGAUCAAACUGGAGGAGGUGGACGACCAUGCUGAUGACCAUCAAGGUCAUCAAGAAGCGGGCUGCAGCUUCCUGCUGGCGCUCAUGCAGAAACACCGGCGCCGAGAGCGCCGCUUCGGCCGGGACAUGGAGACCAUUGGCUUCGCGGUCUAUGAGGUUCCUGAGAAUUUGGUGGGGAAGUCUGGGGUACACUUGAAGCGGGACUUCUUCCUGUCCCACGCAUCACGGGCUCGGUCGGAGCAGUUUGUUAACCUGCGAGAGGUCAGCUCGCGCCUGUGCCUGCCUCCUGGAGAGUACAUCGUCGUGCCCUCCACCUUCGAACCCAACAAGGAGGGCGACUUUGUGCUCCGCUUCUUCUCUGAGAAGAAGGCCGGUACUGAGGAGCUCGAUGACAAGAUCGAAGCCCAUCUCCCCGAUGAGAGAGUGCUCUCUGAAGAGGAGAUCGAUGAUACCUUCAAGAACCUUUUUAGGCAGCUGGCCGGGGCGGACAUGGAGGUCAGUGUCAAGGAGCUACAGACCAUCCUGAACAAGAUCAUUAGCAAACACAAAGACCUCCGGACUAAUGGCUUCAGCAAGGAGUCCUGCCGAAGCAUGGUGAAUCUUAUGGAUCGGGAUGGCAACGGGAAACUGGGGCUGGUGGAGUUUAACAUCCUCUGGAACCGAAUCAAGCAUUACCUGGCCAUCUUCCGAAAGUAUGACCUGGACAAGUCGGGCAGCAUGAGCUCCUAUGAGAUGCGGAUGGCUCUUGAGGCUGCAGGGUACAAGCUGAACAAAAAGCUGUAUGAACUGAUCAUCACACGAUACUCAGAGGCUGACCUGGCCGUGAACUUCGACAGCUUUGUGUGCUGUCUGGUACGGCUGGAGACCAUGUUCAGAUUUUUCCAAAGCCUGGACACAGAUAGAGAUGGAAUUGUGAAUUUUGACUUACUUAGGUGGUUACAGUUGACCAUGUUUGCGUGAAGUGGAUGGGGCAGGUUUCCGCCUCUCUCUGCACUGACCCCAGCCCCCUCUUCUGUCUGCCACAUGACUGACCCCAGCUUCAAGUGCCUUCUCAGGAGAGAUGGGAAGCUACCCUUCCUCCUGCCUCCCUCCCCUCUGAGCUGCCACGGAUAUCCUUCACUAGAUAGGAGCACGCCUCCCUCACUUGUGCCUGAGACACAGACUUGGUAGGCCCUCCAGAAGGUGGGGAAGGACCCCCCCCCCCCCGCCAGGACCCCGGCCUCGAGCCUGCUCAAUUCUUCAGCAUGGAAGCCAGAAAUGCUGCUUGGUCCUGUGCCAACAUUGGGACAGGGGUCCCAGGACAAGCUGGGACUGCUUCUGCCAGAGGCCACUGCCCAGACCACCGCCCCCCCCCACUGGCUUGCCCAACUGAGGCCCACCUGGGAUUGAGGCUGGCUCCUAACAUCGCCUCCAAGAAACCCCUCUGAGGGUUUCGGCCAGCAGACCCCUACCCUGCACUGUGGAUGGACACCCACCAGCCCCCAGUCAGGACUUCCUUCUGAUCUCGCACCCUACCCAUCCUUUUGCCCAAUCCCUUCCUGGCCUGGCCCUUUGAGGAGUCCCUGUGAUGGGUACCAAGAAACCAUCAGGAGCUGCACAUCACAAAAGCCAAACAGUCCCGCUUUGGGGUGACCCUCAGCCCCUGCUCCCUCGGCCCUGUCCAGCUCCCUGAAGGCUGCGUAUCCUGGGAGGGCCAACCUCUUUUUAGUUCCUGCUAUUUUUUUUAUACUUGGUGAUUGUAAGGGGUCUCUUUAGGGACUGGGUAUGUGGUUGUGGGGGGUCUGAGGAGAUGCCUAGGGUGAAGGUGGUGGGGGUUGUUUUCUUGUAGAACCCAACCAACCAUUCUCAUGCCAAAAGAACCCCAAAUAAAACAGAAAACCCUCUAAGCCCUCCCCUGCCCCAGAGUCUGUUGUGGUUGGCCUGUGAGAAUAGAAGCUGUUUCAUUCAAUCUGACAAGUAUGUGUUAAGUACCUGCCAUUUACCAGGCUCUGUAUUACAAAGAAAAACUGUC